AGGAUAAAAAUGUCAAGGGGAAACCAGAGUCACAUCACAGAAUUCCUCCUUCUGGGACUGACCAGUGACCCCAAAUAUCAGGAGUGGCUCUUUGCCAGCUUUCUGGCCAUGUAUCUGGUCAACGUGGCUGGCAACUCAGUCAUCAUUGCAGCCAUCCGGGGGGACACCCGCCUCCACACCCCCAUGUACUUCUUCCUCUCCAAUCUGUCCCUGGUGGACAUCUGCUUUACAAAUGUCAUCGUGCCACGGAUGCUGGCAAACAUGUUGAGCAAGACCAAGAAGAUCCCCUUUGCCCAAUGCCUCACACAGAUGUAUUUCUUUGUGACCUGUGCAAUCACUGACAGCUUCCUCCUGGCUGCCAUGGCUAUUGACCGCUACAUGGCCAUCUGUAACCCACUGCAUUACACCACGACCAUGAGCCCCCAGCGCUGUCUCCUGCUGGUGACGGUGUCCUGGGUGCUGUCCCACCUUCACUCACUCACCCACACGAUUCUCAUGGCCCGCCUCUCCUUCUGUGGGCCCAACGUCAUCCACCACUUCUUCUGUGACGUCCAGCCACUGCUGACGCUCUCCUGCUCUGACACCUCUGUCAAUGAGCUUUUGGCCUUCACAGAGGGCUCCUUGGUGAUCAUGAGUCCCUUCAUCUUGAUCAUUGUCUCUUACGUCCACAUCACCCGUGCCGUUCUGAGGGUCCCUUCUCGAGGAGGCAGGCACAAGGUCUUCUCCACCUGUGGGUCCCACCUCACAGUUGUGGCACUCUUCUAUGGGACUGCCAUCUCUGUGUACAUUCGCCCCUCAUCCACCUACUCAGUGACAAAGGACAGUGUGGUCACUGUUAUUUAUACUGUGGUAAUCCCCAUGUUGAACCCUUUUAUCUACAGUCUUAGGAACAAGGACAUGAAACAAGCCUUGAGAAAGCUGACUAGGAGAAAGGAAUAG